UGCCAGUGGAGGUGGGGGGGAUGGAGGGAGAAGCAGAAGGAGAGGAGAGCAGCGUGAAAGAAAGACUCCUCUGCUCCAUUCCUAUCCUCUCGCCAUUUUUCUUGGAUUUUGCCAGUUUCCUUUAACUUUGUGAUCAGUCAGAAUUUGAUAAAGGGCCGGCAGAAAGUGUUUUAACGAGGACCUGGAGGGCUACAUGAGAUUGGCAGACAGAGUGAUUACCAGCUGUUGGAUUUGAGACCUGAAUUCCACCAGGUGGCCAAGGGAGGAGGAUGGCUGUGGAGAGUUUUACUGAAUUGCUACAUAAACUGAAAGAGGUCCAUGAGCAGGAGCUGGAAGGUUUGCAGCAGAAGGUGCUUGAACUAACCAAUAAGAAAAACUGUGAUGCAAAGAGACUGGAGGAGCUGUACAACAGGAACCAGCAACUGAGAGAGCAACACAAGAUGCUCACAGAAAACAUAAAACAGCUAGAAAACAUGUUACGAGCUGGGUUGUGUGACAGGUGUACAGUCACUCAGGAGAUGGCAAAGAAAAGACAGCAGGAGUAUGAAACUUCCCAACUCCAGAGUCUGCAGCACAUAUCCAUGCUGAUGGGUGAGAUCAAUGCAUUGGUGAAAGAGAAUGAAAGACUGAAAGAGGAGGUGAAGAGUCUACGGGAUCGGAUAGAGCAGCAGAAUGGUCACUCAGAGAGAGCAGGAACCCCUGAGGUUAAGCACUCUCCUGACCCUACAGCCACUUCUCUGUCCAUGGCCGCCUCUGUUCUGAAGAAUGAUCAGCCCACACCAGGGGGCGCCACUACACCAGCAGCCAUUGUGAAGAGUGAGGCUGAACACAGCCAAAGCACAGAGACUCCAGGUGAUGGACAGGAGACAUCAGACAAAGGAUCAGCACACAAACGGUUACAAGGGUGGAGUUUAACACAUCUUUUUGAGUCAAGUAGGAAGCCGACUUUUGCAGCAAACCAAGCAACAUGGAAAGAGAGGAGAGCAGUUAGCGUGGACUCCUUGGAGGCUCAUCCUUCCCCCACCUCACCUUCCAUCCCUCCUCACCUCCGUCUUCUGAAGAACAAUCCCUUGUUUUCACCCAGGCGCUCUGAGGAACAUCCUGCCCUCGUGUCUAUCCCAUUGCGGCCCCAUCCAAUCAAAACAACCCCAUCCAACCUUCCCUGGCCCCUGCCUGAACGUUCAGAUUGGGUGUCAGUGGUGAACACUGGCACCAGUGGUGGCAUGGUGGUCAGUCCAAACCUGAAGCAUGACUCUAACUCUCCCAUACUUCGCUUUUCAGGCCUGGUUCCACCGGGCCUUGAGUCCCACCUACCAUCUCGAACCCCUGCCCACCCACGACCCAUUUGUCCACGCCCAAGGAGCUUCUUUGAGCUGACAGAUGGCAAAGAAAAGAGAACACCGCCAAGCUCCUUGACAAGUUCACAGCAUGAGAGGAUCUUUGGUGAAAAUCUACGAGAAGGAGAUGAAGAGACACCUUUGGAUCUGUCCAGUGCGUCAGGCCCCAAAAUAAAAGAAACAGAGGUGGACUUGGCAUCGUCUUCAUCUUCGUCACCUCCGGCUCCACUCUCCUCACCAUCUUCAGCUCAGUCUGACUCCAGUUCUCAGAGUGAUCUGCAAACAGGGGAUACUAAACCACAGAGAGAAGAGACUGGAGAAAGACAUAAGGAAGAGGGAGAUGAGGGAAGCGAGAAGAAUGAGUAUGUAGACUCAGAAAAUCUGAAAGUCCCCACUCUGACCAUUUCACUUCGUCCAGUUGUGGUCCUAGAGUCAUUAAAAUCAACAGGACAGAAAGAGCAAGACACGGAGGAAGACAGCAGUCUGCAAGACCAGGAUGAAAAAGAGGAUAGCAAACAGGUUAUAGUGAGGAAGAGACCAGGCCAAACUCCUGAAGCCCUGCAACGGCGCCCACUAAAAGAGAAGAAAAUGAGGACAACACUACUGCCACAGGGGGCCAACCUUGGAGACUCAGAGCAAGGCUGAAAUCCGUGUCAUGUACAAGACAUUGUGUAUGGUGUACAAAAAUCCUAGAGCAUGUCCUUCUGCACCCAUGCAUCAAAGAUACAUCUGGUGUUCUUCUGAAUUGCUGUACAGAAAAAGAAGCUUACCCCUCAUCUAUUGCACUAUAGCGGCAGAUAGAUCAGAAUUCACACAGGAAAGACAAAAAACAUCUAAUUAUAGCACUUGUUUCUGAAUAUUACACUUGUUUUGGAGAUGGCCUGAUACCCAGAUCAGCUGCUCUACUAUGCACACCACCUCUCAAAGACUAGUUUGGAGAUUUCCCAGAAUUAUUUGCCUGUAGAAGACAGGAAGUGAGAGACCACUGUACUUCCUGUCAUGAGGGUGUGAACAAAUUUGAUUUGUAACCAGAAAUGAUUUUUUUUGGAUCAUUUGUUUAUCACAUCUCAGCAUAUCUCUCUCUCUCUCUCUCUCUCUCUCUCUCUCUCUUUCUCUCUCUCUUUCUCUUUCUUCAUACAUGGACCUGUGUAUCAGCUUCCAUUUUCACUUCCUUGAUAAGUUUAAGCCUGUCUUUCAUAGAAAAAACUUACUGUCAGCCAACCAGACUAUUUUUCUGUUUUUUUUUCUCUCUUUUUUUUCUUUUAAAGGCCUGUCUAUUGCAAAUGUGAGAAAGACGAAACACCCUCCCCUUCCCCUUUUGGGUUUUGGUUUUUGCGACGACAGAACACAUAUUUUGUAAGAGUGAAUUUUCCACUUACAGCAGCUGUGGCCAUUUCAAGCGUGUAAAGGGGUGGGGGGAAAGGUGUAACAUUGACAGCAAAAAACGUGUUCAUUUUAAAGUGUCUUUAGCCAUGUCAAACUUACUCAGUGCAGUUUGUUACAAUCGGUUGAACUGUUCUUAUAAGUCACUGAGGGAGCUCACGCCCAGGUGUUUCUAGAGUAGAAUCUGAAAGGCUUAACAGAAUGUAUAAAAAAUGUAUCAGUGUAUGCUGAAAUAAACAAAUAUGAGCUA